GCGCGUAGGAUCGUGUUGCGCUCCGUACCAACGCGUCACCACGAGUCAUUCCCGGUUGUCAACCAGCUGUUCGGUUUGACAGCCAAUCGCGUCUCGCGUUUCUUUACUCUGUCGACGCAAUUGAUCGAUUCUGUCUCGCGAAAGUUGCCACGAUUGUCGUCGAUGUCGAAGCUCGAUCGAUUCGCGUAGUGCGUGACUGGCGACCUCCCCUUCCGGGGCACGUGCUCGUCAAAGUCGAACUCUGUGCGCUUCCCGAAAGCGCAGUGCCGUUUAAUUAAUCAUCAAAGAUCGAACGAUAGAGAGAUCGGUGAAUAGGAAAACAAACGGUCUGUUGGCAAACAGGAGGAGACGGCACGCGAUCAGGUCGUGCGUUCGAUUUGGCAAGUGUGUCGAGUUCCCAGCUACUUCGGGACUUCUGUUAACGAAGCAAAGCCGCCUUUAAACGAAUUCAACGAGGCCACUCGUCCGCGCGGUCAAUUCGUGUUAGCCCGCGUGGACGAUACGCCGCGUUCCUCUCGCCUCCUCGCUCCAUAGAGUUGACUGACCGAGUGACUCACGAGAUCGCCAGAGUACUCGUCUCCGUCUCCUCUCGUCUCGACGAUCGAAGAUACGCGACGCGCGUACAAUGCGCUCCUUCUGUCGUCGCUCAACAACCGAAACAUUCAGAUAAGAGAAGGCCGAGUCCACGCAUCAGAAUCGCUAGCCAGACGAACGCGAACGUUCCGCGAUUAACGAUCGACAAAAGCGUUUGCGGUAAUUAGAAGCAGAUUAAUUGGACCGCGAAGCAGCGCGCGCGCCGGACGCGAUGAAAGAGAAGAGGAACACAGCGGUACGGUCGAUCGAAUAAGCACGCCGCUCGUGCUUUACCUCGCUUCGUAGAUUCUUCCUCUUGCCACGAAUUCCGCCUCGUUCCAGAGUAAAUAUUUACGAGGCGAAUCGUCGAUGAACUUCGAAAGCAGAACGUCUUACCUGUACGUGUACAAACGGUGAAUCAAGAAUUCGGAGCUGCUAUCCACGAGUACUGGCGCGUUAAAGCGGAUUUUACUUCGCUUCGCAAAUCCAACACGAACCAGGAAGAAUCUGAAAACGACUCAACUACACAUUUGGAUUUACCAGUCAGUUUAAAGCUCAAAGAGAUUGAGAGAUUAAAAAUCAAAGGGCACAGAGGGUGGUAACCGCUCGAUCAGUUGCUCGAGAGAGGAAACUCCGACGGUCAGCGUGUCGGGAAUCGGGUCGGAUGAUGCGCGGUCGCGCGACAACGCGAUUUUCGGCAAUCGUGGUGGUAGAAUGUUGACAGCCCGUUCUGGGCCUCUUGGGCUCGGUGUACCGCGAACCCUGGGGCCCGCGGAAGGGAGCGAUCACCUGUUCCUCUUGCCAGAGCGGGCACUGAUCAUGGACAGCACUCACCUGCGACAAGACCUGGCCGGUCUCGACUUCAACUUGCACUUGAAUCUGCUCCACACCGCGCCUCGUGGCAACGUCUGGCUAUGUGAGUACUUGACUGUAGAGAAAAGCUAUCCACGGUGGUCGGGUAAUCGCGCUGGAGCCGCUUCUGAGGAAACUAACCAAAGGUCCAGUUCUGCACACAAUCGCCACUCUCUCACGAAGGAGCAAACGAUGCAUUGGUUCGCCCAAAUCGGAGGUGACGACGCCUCUCCCGAUUCGUCAGAUGUGAAGCGCCGCCAAAGUAUCUACGACGAGGACUCCCUCGACGGCGACCAUCCUACCGAGAAUGAAGGACGCGAGUCGGCGGGAAGCGCGAAAGACGUGGACAGGGCGAAGCUCGUCCGUGAGAGACAGAACGAGGAACGACAACGGAAAUUGGAGGAGUUGAGACAGCAAGCCUUAGCCGCGCAACGCUUCCGGGAGCAACGGGAAGAGGAACGCAGACGUCGCAUCGACGAGCUCAGAUCGCGUGACAACGACAGACGAAACCAAGUGGAAGAAAGAAAACGGUUGAUAUGCGAGGCCGAAAGAGAAAGACGAGAGGCUAUCCUGCGAAAGAACCAGGAGAGAGAGGCGCGUAUAGAGAAGAGGAAGAAGAACGACAGGUCGCACAUCGUGUUCGCGUUCGGAAGUUCUACCCCGAGGAUGUUGGAGCCAGCUGAUACAGGUGGUUCCACUUUUUGGGGAACGCGUAGAGCAACGUCCACCACUAACGUGAUGAUGUUCUCAGCUGCUCAGCCGUUAACCAGGAGGUCCUCCGAAAGAGAGCUCGAUGGAAGCAAGAAACGAGCCACUUCCGCCGGUGGGCUUGACCGGAAACCUGGCGAAGAUAUGCGAAUGUCCUCGUCCAUGUACGAGGUGUUCAAUUGGAAUUCUAGCCCUGAUCCUCCCUUAACCCCUGCCAAACAUAAGAGAGCCAGCCUCUCUCUGCCUCCUACAACUGACAUCUUUGCCAUCGAUGAUAAGUCUGAUAGCGACACUAGGCGUCCGAUGAUUCAGCGGGCUGCCAGUGGUGAAGAGAGCGACGGAACGCCGGGAACACCUGGCUCGGUUUAUCUACGAGUGAACAGGAGACGCACCGAUCUGAUGCCAACGAUACCGUCGCCACGCGAUGGACCACCGACUUCCGGUCGCAGUUCGAGCGCAAAGGCCUUCACGCGUUCGCCAGGUAGGACUUACUCCAUGUCCAGGCUGGACCAACUGGCGCAGCCUAGGAAACGUCCGACAGAACUUAGCACACUGACGGAACAGCAAAGCCAGCCUCUGAGCGCUUCUAGCAUGAGUCGCAGCAUGUCUCAUUUAGCUGCGUCCGGGGCCAAGAGCCUCAAACGCUCAGAUAACUCUCGUAGCAUGGGUACAUUGCCGGGGGCGGUUCCAAUGCCGAGACCAACCAGGGCCGAGAGACUACGUCGCAAAGCCCGCGAGCAUCAGAACCAACAGCAGCAAGGCAUCCGCAGCGGGGAGGUGACACCGAACAGCCCAUCUCGGCCUCACAGCUCCAUGAGUCAGCAAAGCGCCAGCAGUGUGGGCAGCAGUAACGUCAAUCUGCGUCCUCGCACAGCUGCCCCGCGUCGACCGCGACCUGCUUCUAUUGCCGGUACCGGUGUUUCGAUCACAGAACGACACAAUUUGUUGAGCGACACAAAGUUGACGAAGGAUUCGAAGCCGCCACUGCCAAAGGUCCACAGCACUCCAAAGAAACCUUCUACACCAAAAGCGACAGAGGUGAGGAGACCGACGGAGAAGUUAGUGAAGAACGCAAAGGCGUCCCCGCGGAUAACGCCGAAAGCGACCCCGUUACAGAGCCCGGGCGCCGAGAAUGUUCCUCUUAUUCGCGAAUGCGCCGGCGAGAUAAUCAAGAACGAAGGCAAAAAGGAUGUCAAGUUGGAGGACAAGCAAGAAGAAAAGAAAGAUCAAGGCACCGAGAAGACGCAACAGGAAAUAAGCGAACACGGUAGGGAAGAAGUGAAGAAGCAAGUCAUUAUCGAGCAGCCAGUUUCCAAACAGGCAAAGGACGAGACUAACUUGAAUCAGGAUAGCCAAGAAACACCUAAAGUCACUAAGAAAGAGGAUACGAAGAACGAGAAGAAAGAAGCGGAAACAAAAUCAGAAAGUAACACGGAAGAACAAGUCGACAUGUCAGCUUCGAUGAUCGCGAAGAUCCGAAUUACCACGGAAGAAGAAGCUAAAGCAGCCAUAGCGGAACGCAGAAGACUGGCUAGAGAACAGGCUGAAAGGGAAGCGGAACUCGAACGCCAACGACAGGAAGAAGAGGCGCGUUUAGAGGCCGAGAGAUUGCGUGCCGAAGAAGAAGAACAGCGACGUUUGGAAGAAGAAACGCUGCGUUUGGCCAACGAGGCACGAGAAGCUGAAGAACAGAGACUGAGAUUGGCGAUCGAAGAAGCGAAACGUCGCGAAGAAGAGGAUAGGAGAAGAAGAGAGGAAGAGGCUCGUCAGAAACAAGAGAAAGAAGAGGCUGAUCGAAAGGCAAGAGAAGAAGAAGAAAGACAGCGGAUCGAAAUGGCGGAGCGGCUUAAGAGGGAAGAAGAAGAGCGAAUCGCUAGACGUAAACGCGUCGAGGCAAUAAUGAUUAGAACUCGAGGGAAGAAUCAGAGCAAUACACCUACCAAGGGAGAAGGUGGUGAUGGCGAUAAACUGAAAGAAGACAGUCCUAACGAUGAAAAUAAAACGGCACCGGGUAGCAAAGGUGAAGAUGUUAUGACGGCCAGUCUGAUAUCCGAGGCGACCCAGCAAUUUAUUAGCGGUGAACAACGGGCUCAUCAUACUGAGAACAAUACUACUACGGACAUUGUGCAUAAUGGCACACAUAGUAACGGCAUUAAUGAAAAUAAAAUUGUAUUGGAUAAUAAUCAGGGUAAUGUGGAAGAACUGAACGGUCAUCAUACGAAUCACGGAAACGGUAUCAACAGUCAAUCGAUUACACUGGACAAUGCCACCGUCAAACAAAACAACGUGACCAACAACCUGUUAGACCUAACGGAAUUCGACUCUCUCAGUAAUAGCAGUAGUGGUCCAAUACUUCAACUGACAUCAAAUAUGGAGAACGAAGACACUCUCAACUCGAACCUAAAUCCAGCAGCAAUACCUUUCACCCCAAUGGCGAACACGUACAUGCCUACUGCUGCUAAUGCCAAUGUAAAUCCGUUCCAGGAUUCUUUUAUCAACAACAAACCACAAGAUAAUAGUCAAGUACCAGAUCUUUUAUCAUAAUCCGCGUGUUAAACAAUUCUGGUGAAAGGAAGAAGAACGAUCGGAAGUUGAGAAUACCGUUGUUGCUUUGCAACGAGCAAUAGGGGUACAUAAUAAAUGACGUCAUUGAUGAGAUAAUGUAAAUAAGCGCUAUAUCGAUGUGUAGAAAAUGAAAGGAAACGAAAAAAGUGGAGAUCUAUGAGUAGAGAAUGGGGGUACUACGUCAAACAAACAAACAGACAAAAAAAAAAUAAGAAAACGAAAAAGAUUACCUUUUCCUUGAACGUUGUCACGAGAAAUGUAAAAUAAUAUAUAAUGUUAAUUAAUAAUAUUACGAAACCAGCAGAUAGGCAACUCAGUCCGUUAUAGUAUGCUAUUUAGAUAAUAUAAAUCGAAUCUUUUUAGAGGACCUUUGAAGGGAAUUAGACCUAACGUAUUGAUUUGAAAGUAUAAUACGCGGAUAUAUACAUAUUUUAUUGUAUCAAAUUUUAUUCAAUUAAUUUUACACGUUCUUUUGUUUCCCUGCCUGUACUGUUAAACAGUUUAUGUUCAGAAAUUUGACUAUGUCGAAUUCGACAGGGAAAAAGAAAUUGAUAUAUUCGCAGUUUUAUAUAACGUGUCGUGAACGAGUGUGUAAAACGGCUUGACGCAAAUAUAGCACAAGAUUAUGCAUUGGUUGAAAAUUUCUUACAGAACUACAUGUAUCUGCCAAAAUGACGUAGGAGGUAAGCUCCAAUGAUUGUUCUUAUAUAAGAGAUAGUAUAAUAUUACCUUAUAGAAUUCGAGUAUAGAAAAAUGAAUCUAUGUAUAAUCAUAUCUAGUAAGAUCGUUUGCAGAUAUGAUGUAAAAAACGAAAAAAGAAAAAAAAGAAACACAUUUCUUCCAUAAUACAUUUUGGGGCGUGCGCUCACUAGUCAAGCAAUUUUACUGUUUUUCUUUUUUUGUAAUAUUCUCUUUUUUCCUUUUGUUUCUUUCUUUUUUUUUUUUUAUAGAAAACUCACCUAAUAUUGGUACUCUAGGUAUCCACUAGAUUUCAUUACCGUUAUAUUUUCGCGGAUCUAACAUAAAUUUUCUAGCUGUGAUGAUGAAGACGUUGACGAAGACGGUGAUUUGCUUUGUGAAAUAGCCACUGCAUACGUUUACGGAAUAUAAGAGAACGAUAGCUACCCGUUACUUUAUUUUUUAAAUAAUCUUUUGCUAGCCGUGAUAGAUGAUGGUGAAAGUGUAGUCUACACGUUUCAAUCCGCUACAGUUAGCGUAAUAAUAAUGGAGGAUCUAGCGAAGUGGUCAGUCUCGGCAGAGAUAUUUUAUGAGAAAUCGAAUGGGCAAAAUUAGAUGGUCACGUUGCGUUAUCCAGUGGUGGCUAUUCAUUAUAGUGGUAUCAUAUUAGUAUACAGAUUAGGAAACGAUUAUUCUAAAGCCUGAUGUUAUUGAGCAAACAAAACAUUGUAAUUGGGUGUCUAUGACAUGAGUUAUUUGUUACUGUUGUGGCAUACUAUUGUAAAAUGGAUAAUCAUUAGCAUGCUUUGUGUUCAAAACACCUGCACGAGCGUUGAUGCGUGACACAAUUGACUCGUAUGGUCUAUCGUACGAAAGAUAAUAGAGUGAUCCGAUUAUCCCGUAAGUCUUCAAAAUAGCAGAAAUAAAAAAGGAAUCAUCCAUGUGUCUGAAUGGAUAUAUCAUUAAUCGGUAGGGAUAUUUUACACUUGUUUGUUUCUCUUUUAAUCUUCUUUUUGUUGCGUUUCGUGCUACACGGGAUAUUGCGAAUUCCCCCGACUGUUAUCUGCAUAUAUACGAAAAAGAAAAGAAUUUUUAUGCUGCACGCUUGCUGUCGGUUUCCUUUUACCCGUAUACAUUCAUUUUAAAUCUAAGGUCUUCGAGCACACGUGUACGUAUAUGCCGCAAAAAGUUUUCCUUUGCUCCUUUUAUAUCGAAAAACCGAUUUCGAACGACUAAUAUUUUAACGAUGAACGAACAUGUAUUUUUAUCGAACACUGUAGCACAUACUGCUGUACAGAAGCAUACGAUCCUAAGACAUCUUUAAUUGCCUAAUAAAGCUUCUUCGAGCGCGUAGUAUACGAUACCGUGUAAAAGGGAAUAUCAAAUGAAUAUUAACGCAAUUAUAACUCGACACAUCACGAGGAUUAUAUUAUUUUUAAUUAAUAAAGAAAAA